GUACAGAUGUUCAGUGUAAUAAUGGCACUGAGAGAUUCAGAGACAGACUGAAGCUGGACAAUGAGACUGGAUCUCUGACCAUCAUGAUCAUCAGAGAACUGGACUCUGGACUUUAUCGUCUACGGAUCAUCAGUAGCAGCAGCAUGAAUGAAAAUGUCUUCAUUGUUGCUGUAUAUGGUGUUUCUGCUGCUGAACGAGAUAAAAUGAAGAAAAAGUCGGUGGAGAAGGAAUCUGUCACUUUAGAUCCGGCUGUAAUCAAAAAACAAAAUGAUUCAAUGAAAUGGUAUUUUAAUGACUCUCUCAUCGCUGAAAUCACUGGAGAUCAGAAUAAGAUCUGUUCAGAUGAUGAGUGUAAAGAGAGAUUCAGAGACAGACUGAAGCUGGAUCAUCAGACUGGAUCUCUGACCAUCAUGAACACCAGAACUACAGACUCUGGUGAAUAUAAACUAGAGAACAACCGUAGCAGAAUCAGUAUUAUAAAGAUAUUCAGUGUUAUUGUCACUGCUGUUCCAGAUUCAGUUGCUGCUGUUGUUGUUGUUGUUGUUGUUGUUGUCGUUCUGCUGGUGGCUAUAGCUGCUGUCAUUUACUAUCGCCACAGGAAAUCUACACAAGAAAGACAAAAUGACACAAUGGAUCACAGUCAUGAUCAGGGAAAUGGUGUCGACUCGGUUCCCUUAUCAGAAUGGCAUUCCAUUAAUCGCUGAUUAUAUUGGGACAUCACAGUAGCUUUAUUUAUUAUUUUGUUAGCUAAUUCUGCAUUUGAUUUAGCUCAGAAGUCAAAUGUCGGAGCUGGGAAUGAUGUCACACCCAAGUAGAUGGUGUUCCAGUAGAGAAAUCUAAUGGAGUUCACUCAUGUUAGCAUUAGCAGUGUUAGGAAAAAACAGAGCAUUACACUGCAUUAUGUAACUGCAGGCACUCACAUUGCAACAUGUUCACGGAUAGAGGUUGGUCAGUAAUGAGUGUAUGACUCAAUAAUAACAUGGGAAUAUAACAAAAGCUUAUACUUGGGUUUGAACAAAUUUCUACAUAAUAGAAAUUUUGAACUAAGCACCACAUUACCAGCAAUAGUUAAGUGUAAUAUUCUGCCUAUUUAAGCAUUUGAGAUGUUUUACUACAAAGUUUGUGCAUUUCACCUGAGGACUAAGAUGGAGGCCUGUGGGGCGUUCAAGGUAAAGCUUGUUAUUUCACAUGGUCUUUUAUAAAAGAUGUGUCUUUGUUUUGUCCAUAUUAAUCAGUUCUUUUUAUGGAGAAUAUUUGGCUAUGUUGUAUUUGUUCAAAGUGCUCGUUAUAUCAUGUAAAUAUUGUGUU